ACCCCAUCAGGCUCACUCCUUCAAAGACCCCGUCUUGUCUCUCUUCUGAUUUCCCCUCCCUCCUCACUCUCCCCCGCCUCCCCGCCAUGGUCAGACCGGAUGGUGUGGAGCGCUCUCAGUCAGCUUCAGACCAAUCACCCUUGUACAAGGCUCUGAUCUCUCCCUUCAAAGUCGCGCACGAUGUAGUAGAAUCUCAUCUUGCCUCUCAGGCUCGCCAGCCAGGCAUGCGAGGAGAAGUCGCUCGCCAGCUCUUGUCCUCGGGCCACUGGGUAGAGUCUGUCAUCGAGCAGGAGUACGUCGAUCGAAGAGAUGCCGUCGGCGGCAUUGAUCAGAUGUGGCUACACCUCUCCAAGUUCGACUUCAACCCCGUCUGUGUAGCCUGCUACAUCUUGGGCGAUGAUGCCACUUAUGAGAAGAUGGAACCUGCACUGGGCAAGCUAGCAGAAAAGUUUCCAAAGUAUAAGAGCAAAUUGGCCAAUGUUGGCAGAAGGUUCCAUGGCUCCACCUUUGUCACAGACGAGAACUUUGACGUCAAGAAUCACUUUGCGAUCAAGCAGCUUCCGGGAAAAGCAGGCAAAGAGGAGCUCGAUGACUUUGUAGCCGCCGUUUGCACUCUUCCCUGGGAUCUCGAGAAGCCACUCUGGGAAGCCUACCUCCUCGAGAAUUACAGUGACGAUAGAGGUGCUCGCGCUGCCAUUGUAAUGAGAGGUCACCACACCCUCACCGAUGGACAGGGCUUCGUCAUGAGUCAGCUUAGUAUCACCUCCUUCGGACCGGAGUUGGAGCGUAUGCUGGCCGAUGCCGUAGACACAAUUCACGACGUCAAGCGGGGUCAAGCGCUUCCAUCCAAGAUGCACAAGGGUCUGAAGCCCCUCGAUGCCUUCCACAAGUACUUGCCCGUCCAGAUCGCUCUCUUCUUUGCCUUUUGGACCUUCUUCAUCGUCUCUGGGUAUAUAGAGAUCUUGUUCUCCUCCUUCCAGGCCAGCUACAUGGCAUUCAUGUUCCUCUUGACAUUCUGGCGAUGCCCUCAGGUGACCCAGUAUUACCCCGGACCUCGAACGCUCGGCAAACAGUAUGCGAUCUCGGAAAGCUACCCCAUCAGCGACGUCAAGAAGAUACAAAAGGCAUUCAGUGGCGUUAGACAGGGCAGCUGGCUAGAGAUCAUUCAGCCCCAAAGGGCCAACCACACCAUCCUUCGGCACCUCACCUUGAACGAUGUGCUGUGCACCAUCCUCGCUGACGUUAUCGGCAACGACCUUCGCCAUCCUCCUCUCAACUACACUUCUGUCGCCUCGCAGGGUCUUUGGCAGCGCUUCGUUGCCCUAUCGCACAAGGUGCUCCCAAUGCCCGUCUCGAUCUUUGUGCCAAUCUCUAUCCGUCAGCCAGGUGACUGGUCGAUGCAGAAUUGGUCGACUGGAGCCCUCGCAUAUCUGCCCAAUGACGGAGAGCUUCCCAAAGGACCUGAACAGAUUUACAAGAGGCUGCAUGCAAACAGGAGGGCUUUGACUGUCCUGAAACAUGGACUCCUCCCUCGCAUUGGUUUCUGGCUGAUCAACAUCAGUACUAGACAGGUCCCCUUGUUCUUCCCUGGCGCACUCUGGACGCCCUUGCAGUCCUUGAUUGCGGCGUCGUUCUCCUUCAGCAUGAGCUCCUUUACUGCAGUCCUGACCAAUGUGCCAGGACCACCCCCUCAACCCAACAACGAGCCCAUCACCAUCGGCGGCUCUCCCAUUGUCAAAUGGGCAGCCAGUCCACCACAGGCAGGUAAAGGAACCUUGGGCAUCGGCAUCAUCACCUAUGGUGGUGGGGUCUGCGUUACCAUCACGGCUGACAAGGUUGAUUUGCCCGGCGGAGGCAAGGGGGCGGACGGAGCAGAGGAAAAUGUGGCUAGGAGGAUUUGCAAGGGCUUUGAAAAGAGGUGGGACGACUAUCUCAAGGCUGCGGAGCUAGUCUUGCAGAGGGAGGAGAACAAGAAGGAGGCAAUGAGGAAGAGCAAGGCAGACUGAAAUUGGAAGCGCAUCAGGACCGCGAUCGCCACGGAGAGUGUUCGAAGGAAUUUCCCCAUGUAUCCUCACGUUUGUGCUACCUUUUCCUCUGUGUGACCUGUAAUUCGAUACCAGCAUUAUCGUAAGGAUUCAGCAUUGUC